AUCAUGUGACCAUUUACCUUCCUUUUUCCAAAGAAAUUAUCUAUUUAUAACACCCAUACAGGGUGAUGGCCAGUAAUUGGAGUCUCUGCGGUGUUUGUGAUAAUCGUCAGAUGAAAAAAUCAUCCGUAGUCUGGUGUUCCGAAUGUGACGAAGGACUAUGUGGAGAUUGUAAGAAACACCACAGUAUUUCUAUAGGAACAAAAAACCAUGAAACCGUUUCCAUCGCCGAGUACAAGAAAUUACCGACCGAAGUCCUGCAAAUCGCCCAAGUCUGCAAACAACAUAAUGAAAAAUACGAGCUUUUCUGUAGAAAACAUCACAGUCCGUGCUGUAAGAAAUGUGUGAAAUCUCACAACGAUUGUAAGGGUUUAACCGAUAUUGAUGAACUCAUUAAAAACGUAAAAACUUCAAACGCCUUUUAUGAAAUCGAACAAACCCUGCUUGAAGUCGCCGAGAAUGUUAAAAGACUUAGUGCUAACCGGAAAGAAAAUUUAAACUCGCUAAAAGACAAGAAAAGAGAAAUUGAAGCAGAAAUAAAACAAGCUAGGACCAAGAUAAAUCAUCACCUUGAUAAACUUCAGGAUGAUUUGAUUAAAGAAUUAAUGACAGUUGAACAAAAAGAAAGCAGCAAAAUCGAAAAAUUGUUGACUACUCUGAAAAAGAAGGAAAAAGAGAUCAGUGAAGUACAAGAAAACAUUGCUAGUAUUAAACAGCAUGCGUCCGAGCUUCAAACAUUUUUAACCAUGAAAGAUAUCGAAAAAGAUAUUGCAGUCGAGGAAAAAUUUAUUCAAUCCCUUACAACGAGGGACACCUCAAAUCAAGUAAACAUUUCAUGUCAAAUUAACAAGUCUUUACUGCAAAUCACAUGUACAGCCAACGUACAGAAGUUUGGAGAAAUUAUUGUCAGUUCUGAUCCAUGUGAUUUUACCAUUCAGAAACGGAAGAACAGACAAGCCCAGAUUAUGGUAGCACUGCCAACCAGAAAUAUUGAUGACCUGACUCUGACAUUACAGAAACGUAUCAAUACAGAUUUUUCAUUGGUCCGAGGUUGUUCCCUGCUUCCUGGUGGUAGGAUGGCCUAUCAGAUAACUUACUGCAUUGAUCUAGAAAACUUACUACAUUGA